GAUUUGUGACAAGUCGUGACCAAUAUACAUAAUAGAGGGGGUUUUGUUUGGGGUUCGAUCGCGUAAAUAUUUAAAGACCGAAACUGGCAGGAGUUCUGCAUAAUUAUGGCUAUCGCUUGAUGAUGUUACGGUACUCAAAUUGUAAAUGCUGUGGGUUUACUCUCCAACAUAACCGGUGUGCUGUACUGGUAACGAAUUGGCAUGUUGAGUUUACGUGACAAAACCUCACUAAUUGGCUGCGUCGGGUGGUGGUGGCAGGUUUAACGACACAUUUAUAUUUACGCGAUCUUAUUUAACAAAAAAACCUCCUCUGUUGGCCUUCAUUGUAGAGGGUGUGUGGCCUAUUCCACGAUGGCCCCACGCGACGUGCCCAUUGACUCGCCGUGUAUGUACAGUAUGUUGAAUUUCUUUCGCACGGUACGUAGCCAACCGUGUUAAUCGGAGGUGCGGUGUUGUCCCCAUGUGUGCUUCUGGAUUUGUAUAGGCGGUGGGAGAGGCGUUUAUACUGGACAUACAGUGGAAAAAAGCUUGAAAGCUCAUGAUUCCAUCAGUCCCCCCCCCCAAACCCCUAGCUUCUCAGACCCUGCGGGGAAACAUUUUCUGAAGCAUGGUCCCAGAAAACUCCAGCUGAAAUUCAGCCCCGAGAACUCUACAAUUGAACACACUGCACUACAAAACCGGUGAGAUAAAUUCGAUUCCUGCCACGGGUAUGAUCAGUCGAGUGAUUAUCUGUCCUGACCGCCCCCCAGCUCUGCCCCCCCACGAAUGGAGUGCCACCCAGUUCUCAAAUUAACAGGACACACACUUUGACUAAAUUGACCUUCCCCCAUCUCUCCUGUUGUCACUGUUGUUCCAGUCGUGACAAACAGACAGACCCAGGAAGGCAAGCAAUAUCAGUGCCCUCAGAACGGUGGCUUUGUACGUGAGCAACAGCUCGUCAUUGUCGUCGUCGUCGCUCCUGUCGCCUGUGCACUGCAAACCUCAUGCAGACAAACUCAUCAGCACUGCCCUGGUGCGCUCAGGCAUUGCGCCAGGGUCAGGAGCAGCGUCAUGCUUUGGACACUGAGAAGGAUGAGUCGGUGUCUCUGGAGAGCAAGAAGCAGAACUUGAUGCAACACCUGCAGUGCCUGAAGACGAGCAGCAUCGAUUUAGACAAUCUUAACGGGAUUUACUUGGCCGUGGAUACAUACGCCACUCUGGAGGAGCGGCAGCAGUUGUCAGAAGUGCUCAUGCAGGAAGGUGGGGCAGAGAUAAUUAUGAGGGUGCUGUUGUACCUCUCGUCCAAGGGAACACACAUCCCUGACUCCAGCCUCCGUCGCAUGGAAAUGGCCUUGUGGAUUCUGCAACGGUAUACGUGUGUCCACGCACCGAUCAGACGGCGUCUGGUAGAAUGUGGUGCGGUCAAGUACCUGAUGAAGCUGUUGAAACAAUUGCGGCUAGAAGCAAGAUCCACCAACGCAGACAUGAGGUACAUAGUCCGAUCUACACUGGGUACGCUUGCGAACAUCUGCCUGAACCUGGAGUUUAAGACGUGCUUCCGACAGGAGAAUGCUAUGGAUGAGAUAGUCGCUUACACCAAGCAAGGCGACAACGUGUGUAAGUUGGACAGCCUUGCGGUACUGUCACGUAUAACCAACGAAGAUGAGGUGUAUCUGAUCAGUGAAUCUAUUGGUGCUAUAAACGUUCUGGUGGAGGUACUGAACAUUCCCACUUAUAAUGACUACACACGCUUUGAGGGAAAGGUUUUCUACACUCAUAAGCUGUUCGCGAAUUUUACAUGCAUAUGCAUAGCAGGGGGUGUUCAUAAGAAAACGAUAGAAGCUUCAGCACUUUCAGGACAGAGUCUGAAAAUAGUAGCAGAUGAGCAGGAGGAAUCAUCUGAUCCGUAGCAUUUUAGCACAUGAUUUAAUGGGCUGGACAAAAUGUAGUGAGUGCAUUUUUAUAAAUCACAAUCUACAGCGGGCACUUCAUGAAGGUGUCUGCACAUUCCUAAAAUAUUUUGAAAAUUCUCUCACCCAAAUUUGCCUGCCUGACCAUAUUAGAAAAAGGUCCACUGUGAUAGAAUAUGGUGAUUACAAUGACGUUUGAAUGAUAUGGUUAUUCAAUUGUCAGAAUGGUUCCAACAGUGCUGGCACAUGGAGAUUUUAUUAAAUGCGCUAUAUAAGCUGUAAAUAGCCACAUCUAUCUGGUCAAACAGAAGCUGCUUGGGCAUGUGGUGGCUGGGCUACAUGACACAGUCAACGCCUCACUUGCUGGAGCUCAUUGAAGGGACUGUCCAGGUCUUUCAAUGAUCUGUCAGCUCCUCACACAAUCCACUCUGAUUAAACCCAGGGAUGAUCGGAGGCAAGCUAGCCUGAAUGUUUCAAACUGGCGCAGAUGUUCCUUUAUAGGGCUGCACAUUUAGCAAGCAUAUAGAAGGGAGCGCAUUACUGUGGCCAAGAAGAGCCGAAGUUUUGUUUGGAGGGACAGGCCAGGUAGCUUGCACACAGCAUUAUGCAGCGAAUGAAAAGGUAAUGCAUGCCGCUCGACUGAUUCGGAGUUAGACCUCGGCUACCAAACCGAAGCUGGUCAUAAGCACAGUGCCCAAGUACUCCACUGUCCACACAACUGCCCCGUCAAUCAUGGGGAGUUGACCAUUGGGCAAUAUAUUUCCGAACACAGUAGCAGUUCUUUAGUAAUAUCUUUAGUAAUAUUGAUAUCUUUAUAUUUUUCAUGCAUUUUUAUGACCUUAUUCCAAUUUUCCUUUUUUGCAUAUACAGUUUAGUAUAUACAGUCUAGUAUAUACUGCAUCGUCUUUAGUGCUUAAAGUUGUUUGCCAUACCAUUUUCGCACAUGUUUUUGACAAAUGCUCAUUUGAACCUCUGGCAGGGGUUUUUCUUUGCAUGUAAGUGUUGCUUAAUGAAAUAUGCCAACUAAACAUGGCUCACUAAUUUACAAAAAUGCAUUUACUCUAUUAACUUAAGGUAUUUUAAUUUUACGGCUGUGAAAUAUUUCACUCCGGUUGGUAAUUUUUUGGGAAAACAGUAUUUAUAAAAUAAGAAAGUAUAAUCUGUGGGACUAUUUACAGCCGUUGCUUUCUGCAGGAGCACAGGAGAUCAACAGCUGAAGGAGCUCGUUACAUUAUCCAUGUGAGAGAGACACAAGGCAAUGAUACUCCAGGCCAGAUCGAUACCCAUUGUUUCAAGUGGUGACUUCUGCGCACUAUCAUCGCCGUACAGAAAACUCACCUUGGCCACAUUUAGGGUGAUGUUCUGUAAUUCAACAUGUGCACGAGUUGUAGGCAACAGAAUAACGGCUUAGCACGAGUUGUGAGUCAAGCUUCUGACAAAGAUGAAAUUAAUUGUACAAUACUGUGAAUGUGUCUUGACUG